GCACCGGGUCCGGGAGUGCGGCUGUGCGCCUGCGCGGCACCGGGUCCGGGAGUGCGGCUGUGCGCCUGCGCGGCACCGAGUACCGGCGGGCAGUUUGAAUUUCGCUCCCGGAGCCAGGUCUCGAGAUCCUACGCUUCCGACCGAGAUUGGGUGGGGGAGGGGGCGGCGUCUCGGCGCCUCGCGACCCCACUGCGUAGGCCCUUUCCUCCCGGACCCGCACGAGGAGACGUGACUUACUGGAUAUUUACCAUUGGAUUUUGAAAGUGAACAGAAAUUUGUUUUUUGUUUUGUAAAUGUGUUUAUAUUUUUUUUCUUCAGAGGCUUAAAGGAUGGCCUCAGAUCUGGAACAGUUAUGCUCUCAUAUUAAUGAAAAGAUUGGCAAUAUUAAAAAAACUCUGUCAUUGAGAAAUUGUGGGCAAGAACCUACCUUGAAGACCAUUUUAAAUAAAAUAGGAGAUGAGAUCAUUGUAGUAAAUGAACUUCUAAAUAAAUUGGAAUUGGAAAUUCAGUAUCAAGAACAAACCAACAGCUCCCUCAAGGAACUCUUUGAAGCUCUCGAAGAAGAUUAUAAAGAUGUGGAGCAUCUCAAAGAAAACAUCCCUCCCCAUUUGCCUCAAGUAACAGUUACCCAGAAUUUUGUUAAUGGCUCAGAUCUAGACCCUGAAGAACCGGUCAAAGUUGAGGAACCUGCACCCGCAAAGAAGCCUCCCAAAGAACAAAGAAGUAUUAAAGAAAUGCCAUUUAUAACUUCUGAUGAGUUUAAUGGCAUUCCUGCGUACAUGAAAUCCCGCCUAACCUAUUGUCACAUUAAUGAUGUUAUUAGAGAAAUCAACAAGGCAGUUGUUAGUAAAUAUAAGAUCCUACAUCAGCCAAAAAAGUCUAUGAGUUCUGUGACCAGAAAUCUCUAUCACAGAUUUAUUGAUGAAGAAACGAAGGAAACCAAAGGUCAUUAUUUUGUAGUGGAAGCUGACAUAAAGGAGUUCACAGCUUUGAAAGUCGACAAGAGGUUUCAUGUGAUACUGAAUAUUUUACGACACUGCCGGAGGCUAUCAGAGGUCCGAGGGAAAGGGCUUACCCGAUAUGUUAUAACGUAAAGUCCUUGUGAGCUUUCGAACCAGCUAACAGGGUUUAGAGGCUGUUCCUAUAGUUUCCUUACAUGUAAUUUUUUAAUAUAUAAUUUUUUUAGCUUUUUCAUUUUCUUUUUUUGUUUCUUCUAAAAAUAAAACAUGUAUAUUUUAAAAUCCGCUACCUUACAGUAAGUACUUAAUCACCUACCACGUGAGCCUCUGUUCUGGGCAUCCAAUGGAAUUAAGAAAUGUUCGUAAUUAGUUUUCGUGUUCAGUGAUAGUGCUGCCAGUCCCAGUAACAGAGAUGCAGAUAAAAGCCAAAGUUCAAGAAGAGAAGAUCAAGGAUAGCAGGCUGUUUGGAAUUAAAGGUCAUUAGUGUCUAAAUUCCACCCUAUAGAUUGAUGAUAUUUCAGACUAUAGUCAGAAGUUGGAUUUGAGGGCAGCCCAUUGAUCCCUGGGUUGGGAAGAUCCCCUGGAGAAAGGAAAGGCUACCCACUCCAGUAUUCUGGCCUGGAGAAUUCCAUGGACUGUAUAGUCCAUGGGGUCGCGACGAGUCGGACACAGCUGAGCAGCUUUCACUUUGUUUGCUUUCAUCCAUGUGGUUUUCUGCCUUCCCACAUGUGGUUAAGGAACAGCUUACUUGAAAUGCAUUCAGUGUAAAUCAGUCUGUAAACAUCAACCUGUAAUGAAAGUGUAAUAAAAGUAUAUUGAGAAAAAAAAAAAAAAAAAAGUAUAUUGAGAUGAAAAAGAUGAUAAGAUGUGUGAGCAGAUUGAUAGUGGUCACGGAAAAUGGGUGGUUGGAUUGUAAGAAUUAAUGGAGUUUUACUUCCACACUUGGGGAGACUGUUAGUCUAAUCUGUGUCUUAAGGUUCUCUAGAGAAACCGAAUCAACAGGAUAUCUGUCUGUCUAUGUGAAGUGAAGUGAAAGUCGCUCAGUCAUUUCCGACUCUUUGUGACCCCAUGGACUAUACAGUUCAUGGAAUUCUCCAGGCCAGAAUACUGGAAUGGGUAGCCUUUCCCUUCCCCAGGGGAUCUUCCCAGCCCAGGAAUCGAACCCAGGUCUCCCACAUUGCAGCCGGAUUCUUUACCAGCUGAGCCACAAGGGAAGCCCAAGAAUACUGGUGUGGGUAGCCUAUCCCUUCUCCAGCAGAUCUUUCUGACCCAGGAACUGAAUCAGGGUCUCCUGCAUUGCAGGUGGGUUCUUUACCAACUGAGCUAUCAGGGAAGCCCUUAAUACUGGAGUGGGUAGCUUAUCCCUUCUCCAGUGGAUCUUCCCAACCGUGGAAUCAAACCGGGGUCUCCUGCCUGCAUUGCAGGCAGAUUCUUUACCAACUGAGCUAUCUGUGUCUGUAUCUAUCUCUCUAUCCAUCUAUCUCUAGUGGAGAUUUAUCAUGAGGAAUUGGCUCAUGUGAUCAUGGAGGCUGGGGGGCCCCCAGAUCUGCUGUCUGCUAGCUGGAGGCCCAGAAAGCCAGUGAUGUGAUUCAGUCUGAGUGUGACAGCCUGAAAAUCAGGGAAGCCAGGCCAGAGCAGAUGAAAUGAGAAAUUGCAGCUCAGCAGUGAGGCAGGAAAAUAAAAGAACACAUUCUUCCCUCCUUCCUCCACCUUUUGUUCUACUCAGAUCCUUCCUGGAUGGAUGGGCAGAUGCCCACCCCCACGGGGAGGGCAGUCUGUUUCAUUGAGUCCACUGAUCCAGUGCUCAUCUCAUCUUGAAACACGCUUAUAGACACACCUAGAAAUGAUGUUUAAUAUGGGUGCCCUGUGGCCAGUUAAUCCUCACAGCCUAUGUCUGUGCCAUCUGCUUGGCAGGCUGAUCCUUGCAGCCGAGAAAAAAGUGGCCUGGUUAACACUCACUGUGAUGACCCCAGAAUACGUUAUGGACGCUGCUUAUUUAUUGUUAUUCUUUUUUUCUCCCUGAUUUAAAUGCAGGUAUGUUUAAUUUUGACUAGACGGACCUUUGUUGGGAAAGUAAUGUCUCUGUCUAGGUUGGUCAUAAAACUUAUCUAGUCAAAGCUAUGGUUUUUCCAGUAGUCAUGUAUGUAUGUGAGAGUUGGACUAUAAAGAAAGCUGAGUGCCGAAAAAUUGAUGCUUUUGAACUGUGGUGUUGGAAAAGACCUGAGAGUCCUUUGAACUGCAAGGAGAUCCAACCAGUCCAUCCUAAAGGAAAUCAGUCCUGAAUAUUCACUGGAAGGGCUGAUACUGAAGCUGAAGCUCCAAUAUGGCCACCUGAUGCGAAGAAGUGACUCAUUGGAAAAGACCCUGAUGCUGGGAAAGGCAGGAGGAGAAGGGGAUGACAAAGGAUGAGAUGGUUGGAUGGCAUCACCGACUCGAUGGACAGGAGUUUGAGCAAGCUCCAGGAGGUGGUGAUGGACAGGGAAGGCUGGCGUGCUGCAGUCCAUGGGGUCACAAAGAGUCGGAUACAACUGAGUGAUUAGAACAUCAUUUUCAAGCAAAAUGACAGGCUUGUUCUACUUACUUACUUUUGAAAAUAACAUUUUGUUAAAAUCCGGUUUUGAAAGGA